ACUCAUAGUCUCAUACCCAGAUCGCGCAUAAAUUUCCUGGAAAUGAAGCUGUGAAAUGUGAGUCAUGGAAGCACCAGUUUCCAAGAUGGCCGCCAAAGUUGCACGAAAUUUUGUUGCAAAGAGCGUUUCUCAAUUUGAAAUGCCACAAACAGGAAUUCCUAUAAUCAUACGGCCAUUCGUCGUAAAGAAAGCUUAUGUAGUCCAUCCGAAAGUGACCAGUUUUCAAGCGGAUUUGAAAGCGCAGUGGCUCACAAAGACUUGUCUAAGAAAGGGAUUACCUGCGUCUAUUGAUAGCGACGUUGAUUUCGUGUCAAACGAACAGUUAAAAUUCAUCAAAGAAAGGAUGGAAAAAUCUAUUUUGCAUACGAUAGUUUCCCAAAAAAUAGGAAUGAAAUGGAAAAUGCAGUAUGAAGACGAUUUAUUGGAGGGUUUACUGCCUAGUUUUCUUCUACAAAUUUGGCAUUUAGCAGAUAACUCCUCCUCACAAGAUAGCUUUCUCGACUUUCGACCUUGUAUAAAAACGCACUGGUGCCGGAAUUUUAGGUUUUACCAAACGACCUUUAGUCCGGGAUUUGUCCUACGGAGCAAAACGCCAUUACCAUUGUUUGAACAAGAUGUUAACAGCACAGUAGCUACAGAUCUGCCUGGACCAUAUUUCCCUGUGGAUCUGGGUGUAUUCCGCCACCCAACAAUUCACCUGCCAAACUCACCAGGUUACAACUCCAACCUCGAGACACCUUACCCAGCCACCAUGCUUCUUCCUGACUUCAUGAGUCGGAACCAAGAGCAAAUGGUUCACCAUGGGAUACAUGCUAUGUUUAGCCAACUGGUCGCCAUGGCAAUGAAACAAGGUUAUUACCCUGGCCAGCAUCUUGAUGAACCGCUGGCAACAAAAUGCAUUAUCACCAAUGGUCGUAUCUUCAUGUUUAUGGCAUACCAACUGAACACACUGUCGUUACAAGAGGACUUUGGUAUCAAGAAUAUUGCUUGGUUUGAGGACUUUAAAACUCUGUACAAUAUAGACUCUGAUCCAUUUAGAAAAGGUCGCAAGACAUUUUAUGAAGUUUUACCAACAGAAACUAAGUCACUUGAAUUGGAUGAAGCAUGUAUCAAAACACUUGUAGCAUUUAUAACACAGAGAACAAUAUAAAUCAAAAUUAUGGAUGUUAAUGGAUGUUAUCUUUUGCUGAAAGAUGUUUAAAAUUUUAAAUAUAUCACCAGGCACCACUUGAAA